UCAAUUAUUUGCUACAUGAGAAGAAAGAGCCAUCAGCCAACUUUCCUCCAUUUUCUAAUGCAGAGAUGGAUAGAGAACAGAUGAAAGCUCUAGUCACAGAGUUGCAUGUCAGAAUGGACUGCAAUGGUUGUGCACGGAGGAUUAAAAGAGCUUUGCAUAAAUUUGAUGGCAUAUAUGAAGUCUACAUCGAUGUCGCUCAUCAAAAGUUGACAGUGGUGGGAAGAGUUGAACCUGAUAAGAUUGUACAAGCCAUUAAAAAGACUAGAAAGAUUGCCACCAUUUGCACGCCCGUGAAGGCCAUCGCUGCGCCCAGCAGCUCAGAGACACCACAAGCCAAACAGGCAGAAAACAACAAUAAACCAAGCACUGAAUAUACAAAUCAGGCCCCAACUGAGGCAAUACCCACAUCAGAUUCGUCCAAAGAUCGGCAACCGGUAGAGAAUCAAGCUCCAGGUGUCAAGCCAGUGCCUGAAUGCAAUGAGGCAGCAUCUUCAGAGCCUAAAGAUGUGGAGGAAAUACAUAUGAUGAAUCACCACCCACAUAAUCAUAGCUAUAAGGAACGCUGGAAUGCUUAUCCAAGAGCACCACACUGUUUUAUUCACAGCUACAACAACUAUAGGCCAUCUCCCUCCAAUUCAGACUACAUUUGCAGCAGGAUAGCUUCUCAAAGGUUAGAGUUCUAUGAAGAUGGAGAUUACCUCAACCAACAGAGUGGAGAUGGAAGCCAGAUUACUUCUAUUUUCAGCGAGGAGAACCCAAAUGCAUGUGUUAUAGUAUAAGAUGAAAGGCUCAAACUUGGACAUUUGUGAGCCAAAGCAACUCUUGUUGUAUUGGCUUAAGUAUUGAUUCAGGAAGUACUAUGAUUAGGAAUAAGAUAGUGUAGAGGAUAGAAGCUAUAGAUAAUAAAAGUUGGGGAAGUAGAGAAAAGAGAAUUAGAUUUUUAGCUUGUGGGAGUAGAUAAUGUUCAGCAUGUGCCACCAACUCUGUUUCCCUGAGUAAAGGAUCUCUAGAGAAUUUGCUAUGCAAAGCAAGUCGAUCCAUCAAAAUUAACAGUUGUAAGUCGAAGAAAAACACCUCUGAAGUUCCUUCUAUCAAAGAAGGAUAAAGAUAGAAAUAGCCUUGGGGUUGUUGAGUGUAAAAUAAGUAUUGCUCUCUGAAGAAGUGAAGGCUUAUUCAAGCUUAUGUUGGCUGGAAUCUCAAAGGAUGAAUUCAGAUGAAAUUCUUGGGAAGAAAUUCUUGGGAAGUUUCUUCAAUUUCCUAGUUGUUUUUAUUUGGCAGCAAAUUCAUGUUGUUGUGCAAAACAAUAUUUCUGUAGCUCUAUGUUGUUUGCA